AUGGCACGUGAACAGGACUACUGCACUCUCAUGUCUGGGCUGCAGGAGCUUGAUUUCCAAGGGAAUGCAGUGCCCAGCGAUCUCGUACUAAUAGGUGAACAUGCCUUUCCACUUGCCAUGAAUCCACGAGGUCAGGUGCUGAUGGCUGCAUCUCAUUACGGUCAGGGACGUAUAGUGGUGUUGGGGCAUGAGGAAUACCUAACACGCUUUCCUGGCCUCAUAAAGAAUGCCAUAAUGUGGCUCAUGCAAUGUACCGGUGAUGUUGGCAUUGUAGGGAUCAAGGGAAGUUUACAUUCAGUAGCUGACAACUUGAACUGCUCCCCUAUCAAGACAGAGCUAGGAGACUUUCGGGAUGGAUUAGCUAUAUAUAUCACAGAUGCUUACAGUGUCGAGACCUGUGCAAAGGAUCUGAUUGCUUUCCUCAAAGCUGGAGGUGGUUUGAUCAUUGCUCGCCAAGCCUGGAGUUGGUCUUAUGACCAUCCACAAGAAAACACUAUAAGGAACUUCCCAAGAAACAAGGUAAUAGGCAAAGACUUCAAAGAUGAUCUAGGGUUCCUGCUACAAGGUGUGUCCGAGUUUGACACCAAAGGUAGGGAUAUAGCAUCUGAGGUGAUGGUGCACGGACCAUUAGCAUUUCCCAUUGCGGUCACUCCAGCUGGAAAAGCAUUCAUUGCUGGUGCCUAUUAUGGACAAGGUCGAGUAAUUCUGGUAUCCCAUGAAUGGUACCUGAGCCGGGACUCUCUGUCCACACUCAUGAUCAAUGCUAUCAAGUGGCUUGAUGAGGGUCGGACGGGUGCUAUUGGGAUCCUACCCAAACUCAAAGCAGCCCACGCAGUACUGAGCAAAUCAGGUUUAGAUUGCCAGUUGACUGGCUUUAGAGAAGAUCUAAGCGUCUACGUCUGCUCUUCUUACAGUGAUGCCCAGUGUGCAGAGAUCCAAGAAUUUGUUGCUGAAGGCGGAGGUCUUCAUGCCUGGCAUUGGGCCCAGACCCACCCUGGCUGCAAUGUGUUGACCGAAUGCCCAGGAAAUCACAUUCUUAACAAGAUGGGAUUGAGCCUCUUAGGCAACACCUUGGGUGGAGGGUUAUAUAAGGCCCCAGAAAUAGAGCAUUGGUGUAGAGAGGGGUACCACUUUCGUAGCACGCUGCAGCGCUUUGUCGAACAUGUGUGCAGUAAUUGUCCUGUUGAGAGUGCCAAAGACCACCUGAUGCUCCACAUUGGGACUGAGGUAUACAAAGUGUCACCCAAUCCUGAUGCCCUUCUUCCAUACAUCAUCAAGGACAGACCCGACUUGCCCACUGUGUCUAAUGCAAGAGUUCGGAUCAGUGCAAACACUGCGGAUAACACUGGUAGAGCAAACAUCCUGAAACGGGCUCCUGUGGUCCAUGAGCGAUUCCACUUGGACAAAGAAAUGGUCCAGGUCGGGAAUCUGUGGGGAGGGCUCAUCUACCUAAUUGCACCUCCCCAGAGCAAAGUGGACGGGGUGGAAAUUGUCGUGCAGGUCUCAGUACAGGCUCCAUACUUCAAAUCUGGAGAGACAAGUGUAGCUGACUGGGUGAGCAGGAUCCGUUCGGCACCUGCCCCCUGGGCAGAACUUGAGUUUGAGAAUAUCAUCAUCACAUUAGAAUCCCAGUUUAUAAGGAAUCUGGACCGCCCUGAUGAGGUGGCUAAACUUUGGGAUGCCAUAAUGAGAAGCAUAGCUGACCUGGCAGCAAAGCCUGCCAAGUUUCCCCGCAAGGAGCGGUUUGUUGCGGAUGUUCAGAUCUCUAGCGGUUUCAUGCAUUCUGGAUAUCCCAUCAUGAUGCACUCCAAGUCUGCCCCAGAACUAAUAAACAUGGAGGAAGCCUAUAAAAGUGGUCUUUGGGGAGCCCAUUCACGAGUUGGGUCAUAACCAGCAGCGUGGAGUUUGGGAGUUCCCUCCACACACCACUGAGUGCACCUGCAACCUGUGGUCAGUGUACGUACAUGAGGAAGUGCUGCGAUUGAAUAGAGCUAAUGCUCAUCCCAACAUGACUCUAGAAAAACGCCAGGCUCGUGCCA